AUGUGGUUCACUACUCUUUUCUGCGCUGCUGUCUUGACAGCAACGACCAUAGCGAAUCCCAUAUACGCGACGAACGGCACCAACACAACCUAUGUUGGCCCAGAAAAUGGUCAUCUCGUCAUCGUUGGAGGAAACUUACAGAGCGAGAGCAUCUACCAACGCAUCAUCUCCCUCGCUGGAGGCCCCGAUGCAUCAAUUGUAGUUGUUCCCACUGCCGGCGGCGAAAAUACCUAUGACCAGAACUUUACCACAGCCGUGGCUUUCCGCAAAUAUGGUGCCAACAAUGUAACCGUCUUGCAUACGUAUGACCCUGCCGUCGCCGAUACCGACGAGUUCAUUGCUCCUUUGUUGGGUGCCAAGGGUAUCUUCUUUGGUGGUGGACGACAGUGGCGGUUGGUUGAUGCAUACGCUGGAACCAAGACUGAAGUGGCAUUCCAGGCUGUUCUGGAUGCAGGAGGUGUUAUCUCAGGAUCGAGUGCUGGCGCGAGCAUCAUUGGCAGUUUCCUCGCACGCGGUGAUACGGCGAACAAUACCAUCAUGAUAGGUGAUCACACUGUUGGCUUUGGAUAUCUCAAGAACUCGGCCAUCGACCAGCACGUCUUGGUACGCAACAGGCACUUCGACAUGUUUGAGAUUCUCAACGCCUACCCAGAGCUACUUGGGCUGGCGAUUGACGAAGACACUGCGUUAGUAGUCAAUAAGAACGAGCUGGAAGUCAUUGGCAGCACGUAUGCGCUGAUCUACGACGGCGGCUUUUGGUCCAGGGAAGGAAGCUGGGAGAGGCCUCUACCACCGCCCAAUGCGAGGUUCUACUUCCUAAGAGAAGGCGAUAAAUAUGAUCUCGGAACAAGAGCAGUCAUCGAGCCGGAAACGAGAAGCAGUGGUGACGAUAUAACCUUGGAACAAUUGCGCGUUGAACAUUACGUCACCAUGUCCAGCCCCUUCGAUGUCAUUGCCAUCAUCACUCCCAAGCCCGGCAAGGCAGAUAGGGUCGAAGAGCUUCUGACAACCGCAGCCAAAGCUGUAAAGGCGAAUGAGCCUGGUACGCUCCGAUACCAUAUACAUCGUCAAACUAAGGGCGAUGCGCCAAUAUUCGUGAUGCUUGAGACAUAUGCAAACAAAGCGGCUCUGGAAACACAUGGAAAGAGCGAGGACUUCAAGAAAUUGGGAAAGACGAUGAAGACGGAGGAUCUGCUCGCGGAGCCGAUGAAAGUGCUCUUCACUAAAGAGGCAGGCGGAUAUGCUAGCAAACUAUAA